CCAAGGCCAACCUGGGCUACAUGAGACCCAAUCUCAAAAAAAGAAAAAGUAAAGAAAAAGAAAAAAGUAAAUGGUUAUAUCUGGGCUGGGGUUCUAAAUGACCUUUAUUUCCUACCCAACUGAGCUACAUCAGCAGACUGUCACCAAUGUGUCAGGUCUGGUGGAGUGUCCCGCCUCCAUUGCUGAACAAGGUCGGACUUCUCCCUGCUGGCAGGGCCUCCCCAGUGCUCACUGUGCCUCUGUUGACUUCAUUCCCUGUAGCCAGUUCCAUUUGCCACUUUGUGACCUCAUCACAGCUACAGUUUCAGCUGCUGUGGUUAAGAGCCCUCAGGAGCCCAGCUCUGUGUGGAAUCAGCUUUGGAGGUAGCUUCAGGACCCAGCUUUCAGCGGGUCAUAUUUGGAAACGAGGUGGAGGUCCACGGUCUGACCCUGUACAUAGAAGGCGAUGGGCCUUUGACUUUUGGAGUGUCUCUAGCCCAUGGCGGUCCCCCCACCCUCCCAGAGGGUGCAGUGCAAAGUCCCAUCAGCCCUGGAGCUGCCCCAGUGGCUGGAGCCAGGCCUGGAGAAGAUCUCUGGGUGUCUGGGAGAGGAGCAUUCAUGUGUGUUGUGGGACACAGACGCAGCCCAGACCCUGGCCACUACCAUCUGGCCUUGCUAUGGCCCCUAUGGCCGGCGGAAGUUCCUGGUGACCGCCAAGGGAGAAACAAUUUGCACCGGUCAUACGGCCGCCAUCCUUAGGGCCCUGGAGCUGGAACACCCAGCUGCCCAGUUCAUUCGAGAACUGGCCCAAUCCCAGGCAGAAGGCAGUGGGGACAGCACGGCCUUCGUGGGUCUCCUGACCAAAGCCUUGCUGGAGCAGGCCCAGCACCUGCUGUGGGCCUGCCUGCCUUGCACUCAGCUCUGGGAGGCCCUGGCCACGGCCACAGAAGUCCUGACCGCUUUGCCUUCCCUGGCCAUCCGGUCCCUGGGGCCUUUGGAAGACCUAUCCUGGGCCCUCUAUUCGGCGAUGAACACCCAUACUCUGUCCAACAUAGAGCAUUUAACUAAACUUGUGGCUCAGGUGUGCUGGGUGAGCCAGGAGUCCGAUGGCAGUUUCAAACCUGAGCGUGUUGGGGUGUGCACACUGCAGGGAGGGGCACUGGGUGAUUCCCAAAUUCUCCCUGGUUUAGCCAUAUCCGGGAAGCCCUGUGGACAAAUGACUGAGGUGUUAACUAACCCCAUGGUGGCCUUGUAUAUUUGCCCCUUUGGUCCUACAAAUCCAAAUGCACAGGCCACAGCCCGUCUCUCCAGUCCCGAAGAACUCCUGCAACUUACAGCGCAGACUAAACAAGUGAACAAGGAAGUGGACCAGCUGGCCGCUAUGGACAUCAGUGUGGUGGUGGUGGUGGUAUCAGGGGAUGUCGACAAGAAUACAGCAACCCACACUGAUAGCUGUGCCAUCAUGGUGAUACUGGCCAAGUCCCAAAAGGAGAUGGUUUACCUAAGUGAGGCGAUGGGUACUCCUCUGCUGACCCAGCUGUUUCCUCCCGUGGAGCCAGGGAGGUGCCAAAAGGUUUACAGGCGGGAUCUGGGAGCCACUGUGGCCGUGGUGUUCAGGUGGGAGCAUGAGAGCUCGCCUUCCCUCACCUUGGUUCUCAGGGUACCCACCAUCCAGGGACUGCGGGGUGCAGAGCAGGCUGUCUACCAUUGCAUUGAGGUCUUUUGCCAGUUGUGUCAGGAUCCCAAGCUGCUGGCCGGAGCCGGAGCUGUGAAGCCCUCCUCCUUGGCCCUCCGCCCUGAACUCCUGAGACUCCUGCCCCUCUUUAGGACUAACUGCUCUUUUUUGCUUCUUUUUCAGGUGGCCUGUUGGAGGUCUAGGUGGACACACUGGAAGGCCCCAGGCCGUGGGACUCGGGAGACAUCCUGGACCCACCUGAAAUUGGACAGGCUGGCAGAUAAAACCCUGCCAGAGCUUCUGGCAGUGGCUGAGAAAGUCUACAAUCAUCGAGAGAGCCCUGAGGACAAGCAGGCCUGGGUCGCCGCCACACCAGUGCCAAGCAGACCUGCGACUUUGCCAAGAUUUUCCUGGCCACAUCGGCCAGGUCCCCAGGUGAAAGAGAAUGCCAGCUGCGAUGCCUAUCUGCUGAACAAGGUAGGAGAUGCCCAGAAGGGAGUUCUUAAGCAGCUACGGGACCGCUGGUUGAGCAACACCCGAACAACCCAUUAUCAGAGCUUACUUCUUAACCCUCCGAGAAUUCGGUUCCUCCCAAGCACCACCCUUAACCCAGCCACCCUGCUGCCCGACCCCAACUUGGACGCACCCCUGCACGAUUGCGCGGGGAUCCUGAGCCAGAUACACGGGCUCAGAAACAACCUGACUGAUCAGCCACUCUCCGAUGCAGAAGCUACUUGGUUCAUGAAGGAUGGGCAGAGGUAUACAGGGGCGGCAGUGCUCUUUGUUCUUGCAUGCCCUCUGGAUCCCAUGGUUAUUCUUGGGAGUCCGUUCUCUGGGCACAACAGGGCCAUGGAGAUGGCUCUGGCAAAAAUGCUGGCUGAAAAAGGAAGCCAACUGGCAGGCCCCAACGGCCCGGCCUUCCUCCCCUUUGCUCAGGCCCUGAGAUUGCUGCAGGAAACCUUGGCAGAGAACGCGGGUUUAGCCACUCAACAGGUGAUGGCAAAAUUGAGUGCGAGUCACCAAGAUGGCAACUUCUUCACUGGAGAGGGAACAGAAGGGUUAGUAAACGUGACCCACUCAAAGAUCUGGGACAGCCUAAGGGUCAAAGUUUGUGCACUCCAAGUGGUUGCUAAGGUGGUGCAGCAGCUGGUGACAGAGGAUGAGAUCAUAGUGGCCAAGAAGAUCCCUAUGCACCAGCUGAUUUCAAGUCCCAACUCAAAGAAGGCAAAGAGUAACACCCAUUCACAGAAAAAAUUCUUUGGAAUGUAUAAGUAGCAGCAGCCUUAAUAAAACAGGACUGCCCAGUCACCCCAAAACAUGGUUUUGCUUACAUGAUUACUGCUGA